GCCCUAAGGGUUACAGGAAGUUGUAGCAGCUGCCAUGUUUAGCUGCUUUGUUGUAGAUUUCUUGUAGGUUUCCUGCAGAUUUUUAAGUGUUGCAAUGGAACCGAGCUGGAGUUCGUUUUUAUUUCAGCAGGCCAAUGAGGCGUUGCACCACCACCACCAGGUGUCCCAGAACAGCCUGCUGCCGCUGCUCAACUCCGCGUCGGAGCCCGUGGACCAGAAGCCCGUGCUGCCCAUCAUCCCGCUGGACCAGAAGCCGCCGGUCAGCGUCGCCGACCUGCUCAAGGACAACGUGGCCAGCGGUGCCGGCGGAGGGGGAGGAGGAGGAGGAGGAGGAGGUGGAGGGGGCGGGGGAGGAGGAGGCGGAGGCAUCCAUCACCCGGUGGUGGUCAAGAAGGAGCCCAAGUCCAAGACGCCGUUCGUGUGCAGCUACUGCAACAAGGCGUUCCGCGACAGCUACCAUCUGCGCCGGCACGAGUCGUGCCACACGGGCAUCAAGAUGGUGUCGCGGCCCAAGAAGAACCCGGCCGCCUCCGCCUCGGCGCCGCCCACCAUGGUUCCGCUCGUCUCGGCCGUGUCGCGUGACGGCGGCGGCCCUUACGUCUCCACCAUCGCCGGCAUGCUCACCACGGCGACCACCUCCGCCACAGCGUCCAGCGUCAUGACGUCCAUGGCGCACCACCACCACCACCACCAUCACCACCACCAGCAGCAGCAGCAGCAGCAGCAUCAGCAGCAGCAGCAGCAUCAGCAGCAUCAGCACCAACAGCAGCAUCAGCACCACCAGCAACAGCAGCAGCAGCAGCAGCAGCAGCAGCAGCCCAAGAAGCCACCCAAGCCGGUCAAGAAGAACCACGGCUGCGAGAUGUGCGGCAAGGCCUUCCGCGACGUCUACCACCUCAACCGCCACAAGCUGUCGCACUCAGACGAGAAGCCCUUCGAGUGCCCCAUCUGCCAGCAGCGCUUCAAGCGCAAGGACCGCAUGACCUACCACGUGCGCUCGCACGACGGCGGCGUCCACAAGCCCUACAUCUGUUCCGUCUGCGGAAAGGGCUUCUCCAGCAAGGACCGCAUGACCUACCACGUGCGCUCGCACGACGGCGGCGUGCACAAGCCCUACAUCUGCUCCGUCUGCGGAAAGGGCUUCUCCAGACCGGAUCAUCUCAGCUGUCACGUCAAGCACGUCCAUUCCACAGAAAGACCUUUCAAAUGCCAAGUAACAGCCUGCACAUCUGCGUUUGCCACCAAAGACCGCCUGCGCUCCCACAUGAUCCGGCAUGAGGGAAAGGUCACCUGCAACAUCUGCGGCAAGAUGCUGAGUGCCGCCUACAUCACCAGCCACCUCAAGACGCACGGCCAGCAGACCAACUUCAACAACUCCUGCAACAAAGACUCUAAUGACGUGUGCAAUUCAGCCUCCGCCACCCCCGUCUCCACCUCUGUGGCCAUCACGACGGCGAUGAACCGUGGCAACCCGGUGUCGGGCAACGCGGUGACCAUUGCGGCGCAGAUGAACAUCACCACCAACACGGUGAACAUCACCUCGCCGGUGAGCCUGCAGCACCCCGUCACCAUCACGGCGCCGGUCAACAUCGCCUCGGUCAACAUCCCCACCUCGGCGCCAAUGAACAUCGCCCACCCUGUGGCCAUCACCACGCCGAUGCCCAUGAACAUCGCCGGGCCACUCAACAUCGCCAUGCGCUCCAUGGAUAGCAUGCCUUUCCUCUCCCAGGUCCUGCCCUCCUCUCCGCCCUGGUAGGCUCGGCCUGGGGUAGAGCCACGCCUUCCUCCCCUGCAGCCAGCCAAUCCCUGCGGCGGAUCACCCACACCAGCCCCCACCUCUUCCUCCUAAAUCGUGUUCCUUUUGCAAAGCCCACUCCUUUUACCUUAUAUGGUCAUCAAGUAUAACCCCCCCCCCCCA